AUGUAAUGCCUCAGAAAAUAAAAUGUAUGUAAAUGUUAUAGAUAUAAAGUAAUUCAGAAGAGUAUUUCUGUCACGGAAAGAAAUCUCUAAUCCUAGUGACCUAAGUAAAGUAAUUCUCAAAUGGAUUGUAAUUUUUAGACGCUUUCGCUUGCGGAUAGGUCACAUGCUGAAGUCGCAGAACGAAAAACACUUCCAGAGUAAAAUGUUGCUAACGUUGUUUGUGGUCUUGCCUUGUGUCCCGCUUGCAGCUUACAAAACAGACGACCUGUCACUUUUCCAUAAGUUCAUUAAUGAUUUUACAAAACCUUAUAAAAACGAUACCAAAGAGUUUUAUACAAGAUUUGAAAUAUUUAAGGAUAAUCUCAAACACAUUCAUGAGAUGAACAAGCCCUAUGCGUCUUCAGUGUUUGGCAUUACCAAAUUUUCUGAUCUUACUCAAAAAGAGUUUCAAGAGAAAUAUCUGUCAGGCUUUAGAAAGCUGUCCAGAACAAACAAGCCAUUGCUGUUCUACAGUUUACCUAGUAGUGCACAAGUGCAGCUACAAGAUGUGCCAUCAAAAAUAGACUGGAGGUUGUAUGAUGUAGUGACCCCUGUGAAGAAUCAAGAACAGUGUGGAGCAUGCUGGGCAUUUUCAGUCAUAGAAACCAUAGAAAGCUCAUAUGCAAUCAAAUACAACACCAGUGCUCCACAACUGGCUGUUCAGCAGCUUAUUGACUGUGACACUAACAACUUUGGCUGUUCUGGUGGUGAUACUUGCAGAGCCUUGUACUGGGUGCAGAAAAAUGGAAUUACUUUUGAGAAGAACUACCCACUGACAGACAAAAAUGGAAACUGCAAGCCUUUGUCACCAACUGACAAACUAGUGAAGGUGUCCAGUUAUACUUGUGAAGACUUUGUUGGUGAGGAAAAGAACUUAGUAAGCAGGCUGGGAACAACUGGCCCCGUGGCAGCAGCAGUAGAUGCAUCAACAUGGAACAAUUAUGUUGGUGGCAUCAUUCAGUUCCACUGUGCAAAUUACACCAACCAUGCUGUUGAGAUUGUGGGAUAUGACAGAACAGGUCCAGUUCCAUACUAUAUUGUGCGAAACUCGUGGGGACCUGACUUUGGUCUUGAUGGUUACCUAUACAUUAAAAUAGGAAGCAAUCUCUGUGGAAUUGCAGAGCAAAUUUCUUCUAUCACAGUUGUUUAACAUCUUGCUUUCCUUGGCUGUCACUACCAGUUUAUUGAGAAGAGCAGUUGUCUUCUGUGGCAAGUUCACAAAUGGAUGAAUAGUGGCAUUUGCAUCAAUGUAUACACAUGCGCUAUUGUGUUUUGCUACCAGAAUGUUGACCUGUGUAGAAAAGGCAUGGUCCCCUUAUUGCUCAAAUACCAAGUUUUUAUAUAAUAUAAUGAGAAUCUUGGUUUUGUACAUUUCCAAAUUAUAACUCAUUCCAUCCACUUUAGUGGAGAGAGAGAAGAGAGAGCUAAUUAUUUUGGUAGAAUUUUCGGCAACACAUAAUUUGACAUUUCAAUCAAAAUGUUGUUCUGGAAUUUAUCUUAAACUGUAAGGUUCGUGUUUCUUGGAGAUUUCAAUUUUUUUAUCUGUUUUUAGUUAGUUUUGGUUAUUUGUACAUUUUGUAAUCAUCAUUUAAAUCAUGAAAUAUAAAGACGACAUUACAGGUAUAGACUAGCUUUCUGUGAUACUAUCUCAGCUUCUGGCUUGCCAUAAAAAAUUAACAACCAUUUGCAAAAAGUCUGCUGCAGUUGUUUUAACAGCGUUGUCAAAGCUUUGUUAUAAAAGGCAUUAUAUUUUUCAAAUUGUUAUUCAACAAGAUGAGGGUCUGAACAUUAUUCUCUGUGUGUGUUUGUAUAUUUGUCCUUUUUAGUUUGUUUUUAAUACUGCAUGGUGCAUUGAGCCUAUGUUAAAAUAGUUAAAUGCAUCAUCACAAUAAUAAUAAUACUUUAUUAUUAUUUGCAUUAAAAACCGGCAGUGGCUAGGUCAUGUGGCUAGUAAAUAGAGGAACAUUUCUUAUUCUAUAUUUCAUUGUAUUUUCAACCACACAUCCUUCUACCAUUGUAAAAGGUUUCCAUGUAUGCAUGUGUGUGGAAUAUUUGUGUUGUAAAGUGGUGUAACUUGGUGAAUGAAAUACUUAUUGCUGUAAAGGAGAGCAGCAAUGGGAAAGUAUUAUUUUAAUAUUAUUGAUGCUUUCAACAUGUUAGUGCCUGUCUGGACUUCUUGUGUAUUAUUCCAUAAAUUCAGAUUAAAUAAUAGAACCCUUCACAUUGAUAGGCUGAUUUGCAUAUCAAACAGGAUCAUAGUGCCUUAUGAUGUUUAUAUCAUGUUAAGUUUAUAUCUGUAAAUUCCGAUUCUGUGUACCGACAUGCAGGACCAAUAGACUGAGGCUAUCCUUUGUUUUUGGCCGUUCAACUUCUGAACGUUACUGUGUGGGAAUAAAUGCAGCUGUCUGAACCAUGAAUGCAUGAAUCUGUUUGACAGAAAUAGAUAGGUUAUUAUUGUUUUGUGCUUUUAUAUUGAGCUGCCCCAAAUUGCCUUCUGGGAUAAGUAAAGUGUUAUAUUUGAAUGCGAUAGAUUGUUUAGAAUUUAUUUGUAAAUUCUGAAGUGACUUAAUUUGAGUCAUGACUCUAGAGAAAACCUUUUGAGUCUGCCUUGCGUAAUUUAUAAAAUGUAAUGAAAUCAGUAUUUUGGAGACUGGUGGAUUUACUGCCAUCUUCACAGCCACGGACCUUCAUUACUUCUUAAUGAGGGUCCAUGAUCCCUUUUCUUCCUUUUGCAAAAGGCAACAUUAUAUGUAUUUAGGAUAAUGAUUUUUAUGGAUGUUAACUUUUUUUGCUUUUUGUUCACACAAAAUAUUUCCUUUUGCUGACAACAUGAAAAAAUGGAGAAGGAAGAAAGACUUACAAAAUUGUUGCAAAAUAGGCUAUGAGCUGUGUAUGAAUGAGGUGUGCAAUGGAAUAUAAGAAGCAAAGCUGAAAAAUUACCAAAAGAAGGAAAAGCUAUACGUAAUUUUGUUUAAAUUGAAAUGCAAAAUGUAAUUGGUUUGUUUUAAGUACUUGAUCACAACUUUUGCUGAAACCUUUUAUUUAAUUUUUUUUAUCCGACAGAAAUGCGUUACACUUUUGUUAAGUUUGUUUAUACCAUACCCUGAACCAAAGUCCUCUUUCUGGUUGAUUUAAUUGCUACCAAGCAUAUGUGUGCAACACAUUCACAUUAACGUGCUGUUUAUCCUUUUUGUUACCAGUAACAUAAAGCUUUUAUUAUGUACUUGAUAUAGAAAUGUGGAUGGCUGUGUUGCUAUAUAAACAUUUGUGUUCAGAUUAUCACAACAAUAAGGUGUUCACAUGGGUUGGUUGAUAACUGUUUCACAGCAUACUUCCCUCACUUUACCCACUGGGUAUCUGAUUCCAUAGAUGGUUGGGAAGGAAAGGUAGGGAGUGAGACAACUGGCCCUAAGAUGAGUGGUGUCCCCAUGGAUGCUAGACUAUCACCACCCUCUUUUAUACAUUUACAGGUUAACAACAAAUUCGCCUAUUUACUCUAAAAGUGACUUUCACAUAUUUUUGUACAUUUUGUUCUAAUAAAUAUUCUAGUAUUUGACAUGUGUUCGUAUAAAAUCGUAUAUUUUGGCUAAUAAAGACGUAUCAAACAGCCA